CAAACCAAGAUCAUCACCCCCUCCUAAGCACACACAUCCAGCUGGUGGCUUAAAAGAGAGCAAAGGAAAACCUCCACUUGAAACUUCAUUUGUGUGAACAGUGCACAGAAAGAGUCCCUCUCUACCAUGGACUCCUCUCUGCGGCCAAAGACCCAAGACAGGAUUAAAAGUCACAAAAAUUCUGCGUCCUCUCCUUCACCUCUGAGCUCACCACAGUUUUCCUCACUGAGCAGGCAUUUGCUAUCCUCUCAACACAGUAAUGAGCCCAGUCUAUUCCUGAACUAUCAUACGAACGGAGCGCUCAGUAGUGCAGUUCAGGAUGCCCCGUUGGCCCUCAUCACCAAGCCCCGGGGCCAGAGUAGCACCCCCAGCAGUAAGCCCCUCCUGGCAGCCACCAGCGCCCCCUUUCCCAUGCCAGUCAACCUGAGCACUGGCACCAAGGAGCCAUCGAGCAGUUCCACUUCCACUUUAAAAAACUCUGCCUCACCAGCUCCAGCUCCCAGACCAAGAAAGCCCAAGUCUACGAAGUCUCUGUGCACAGCAAAGAACCUCACUAAACCCAAUUUGUUCUGUUCACGUGACUCAGUUGGGGAAAAUCAGUCAGAGAUCCACAACAGCAAGGACUCUGAUGACUCUUUAGGUGAUGACGAUGACGACGAUGAUGGUGAUGAUGCUGAAGACUCUGGAAGCAGCUUAUCAGAAUCUGAGAGCAAUCUGGAGAGCAACUCUGAUGGUACUGACAAUGAUUCAAAGCAGCGUGGCGAGACAGAGGCAGAUAGCGAUGCAGAGAGGACUCCUCAGAAACUUGCCAAAGCAUCCUCGUCUGCUCACAAAUCCUCUUCGAGCCUCUCAGCCAACUGCUCUGCGCUUAACCUGAAGGUCUUCAAGCCCUCUUGUCUGCCCAGCAGCUUUGUAACCCCCACAGCAAUUACCAGCUUAGAAGCACUGAGUAACCGCAGCACUACAGGAUCCUUUACAUUUGCAUCAGUGCCAGAAUCAGGUAAGAGGAGGAGGGUAACAGAUGAAAAAGUGCUGAGAUUACCACUGGAGUUUGGGUGGCAGCGAGAGACCCGGAUCAGGACCGUAGCAGGUCGUCUACAAGGAGAAGUGUCUUACUUUGCCCCUUGUGGGAAAAAGCUCCGCCAGUAUCCAGAUGUAAUGAAGUACUUACUCAGGAAUGGGAUAAAUGAAAUCUCCCGGGACAACUUCAGCUUUAGCACAAAAAUGAAUCUUGGUGACUUCUAUGAAGCCAGAGAAGGACCAGAGGGGCUACAGUGGGUCUUGCUAGCUGAUGAAGAGAUAACUUCCAGAAUUAUAGCAAUGGAUGGGAGGCGCAGCCGUCGAACCAAAUUGGAGCGCCAGCCAACAGUUGAUGGUGCUGAGGGUAAACAGUGGAGGGGUCAUCAUCCUACUGUUGUUGAGACUAAUUUCCAAGAUGUCAGUGAUGCCAAGCUGCUGCGUAAACUGGAGGCUCAAGAAAUAGCUCGACAGGCAGCUCAGAUCAAAAUGAUGAGGAAACUGGAGAAGCAGGCGAUGGCACAAGCUGCCAAGGAGGCAAGGAAGCAACAAGCAAUAAUGGCAGCUGAGGAGAGGCGUAAAAAGAAGGAGCAGAUGAAGAUCCUGAAGCAGCAAGAGAAGAUCAAGCGCAUUCAGCAAAUUCGUAUGGAGAAAGAACUCCGUGCACAGCAAAUUCUUGAGGCAAAAAGGAGGAAAAAAGAAGCAGCAGCCAACGCCAAAAUAUUGGAGGCUGAGAAACGUAGUAAAGAGAGGGAAAUGCGACGACUGCAUGCUGUCAUAUUAAAACACCAGGAGUUGGAGAAGCAUAGACUAGAUAUGGAGAGGGAAAGACGCAGGCAGCACAUGAUGCUAAUGAAGGCUGUGGAGGCCCGCAAGAAGGCUGAGGAGAAAGAGCGCCUCAGGAAAGAGAAGAAGGACGAGAAGCGAUUAAAUAAGGAGAGGAAGCUGGAGCUCAGGAGACUAGAACUGGAAAAAGCAAAAGAAUUGAAGAAACCCAAUGAAGACAUGUGCUUAGCAGAUCAUAAGCCACUUCCAGAGUUGUCUCGUAUUCCCGGCCUGGUCUUAUCAGGAAGCACCUUCUCCGACUGCCUCAUGGUGCUGCAGUUUCUACACAGCUUCGGAAAAGUCCUUGAUUUAAGCAUAAAUUCAGAGAGUCUUACCUUAAGUGAGCUCCAAGAGGGGUUGCUCAGUAUUGGUGACAGUAUGGGCAAAGUGCAGGACCUUCUGGUGAGCAUGGUCUCGGCAGCAGUGUGUGAUCCUGGUAUCCCACAAGGUCACAAGAACAAGACUGCUUUGGGGGAGCAUCUGACUAAUGUGGAGAUCAACCGGGACAAUGUGUCUGAGAUCCUGCAGAUCUACAUGGAGAGUCACAGUGAGCAGUCAGAAGUGGCUGCUCUGGCCCUCAGCCUCAGGACCAAGGCCUUUCAAGCACACACCCCAUCACAGAAAGCUUUCAUACUCGCAUUCCUGGUUAAUGAGCUGUGCUGUAGUAAGGCAGUGAUCAGUGAGAUUGACAAAAACAUCGAUCACAUGACCAAUUUGAGGAAGGAUAAAUGGGUUGUGGAGGGAAAGCUUCGCAAACUCAGGAGCAUCCAUGCAAAGAAGACAGGCAAGAGGGACAGCACUGUUGGAGAGGACAACCACACCUUUUCUCACCCCACUGUUAGAAAUAACUGCAAAAGGAAGGAGGGGGACAGCGAAGAAGAAGAGGAUGAUGAUGAGGACAGUGAGGACCAAGGAGAAGAUGAGGCAGAGGAGGAGGAAGAAACAGGAGGGAAAAAAGGAAAGAAAGCAGAGAUAUUUGAUGAGGAGGAUGACGGCGCACUUUCUGCCAGCAUAGAGGAAUUAGAGAAACAGAUUGAGAAAACGUACAAGCAACAGAAUCAGAUCAGACAGAAGCUGUUGGACUCCUCUCACUCACUACGCUCUAUGAUGAUUGGCCAGGACCGCUACAAGAGGCGUUACUGGGUCCUUCCAGAGGGAAGGGGCAUCUUUGUUGAAGGAAUGGAGAGUGGAGAAGGGUACGAGGAGAUGGAAAAGGAAAGGAAGAGACAGAGGACUGCACAGGUGCACAAGGUAAAAGAGGAGCAGCUGGAGGACACAAAGGAGCCAGUGGUCUCCAGUCCAGCUCAGAGCACAGAUGGGGAUACAGCUCCAUCAGAGUGCCAACAGGACAAAGACAGCCUCAAUCUCUUUCUCCAGAAACCUGGCUCCUUUUCUAAGCUCAGUAAACUCCUCGAAGUUGCCAAAAUGGCCCAAGACCCAGUCAUCAAUUCUCUCAACAGUCAGAGUGUUCAUCCUGCUAAAAUCCCCACCAGUGCUUCUUAUCACUUAUGUUCGUCUUCUCAAAGCCUCCAGCCUGGACAAUCUCAAAGCCUCCAUCCUGCCACUUCUCAUUUGGGAAUGACAGAUAAAACAGAUGCCUCGUCUUUGCCUAGUCCCCCCCAACCACAAAGUACUUCCUGGAUGACCAGCAGCCCUCAGUCCCUCCCUUAUAACGACCAGCUCUCUAAGACACAUGUAGAAAAAAGUAACCAGUGGUUUAGCCUCCUGCCUCGAUCUCCAUGUUAUGAGGCUUCUGUCACCUCAGGCUCCAGCCCUCCAGUUGCCUCCUCCUCCUCUUUUCUGCAGACUAUUGGGACCAAAUCCCCUUCAUGCCUUUCACCUAAUCCCUCAGCUGCAGCCGGCUCCAACACUCCUGCUACGAUCAAUAACAUGCAAUUGUCUGUUGAACAGUCUGUGAAGUCUGGCAUUCAAGUCAAACUGACAUGUGAUGUGUCCAGUGCAGCACCGAAUCCCAGCCUGCCCUUCUCUGGCAGCUCUCUACCUCCCAUGGAGAAUCUGGCCUCCCAGCAUGCAGAGGGUAAUGAGAACAGGGUUGUCUAUUUGGCAAGUAACAACUCUGACAGCAAGACUGAACCCCCCGAGCCCCGAAGUGACAAGCCCACUUGUGCCUCAUUCCCUGCUGUGGACGUGGCCAAGACCCAGGACUAUCCUUGUCCUCAGCCUAUCCCCGAGGAGAUGCUGCAUGGCUGGUGGCAAAUGUCAGAUACAGAGGAACUGCAUAGUUUGAUCAAGGCACUCAAUAGCCGAGGCAUCAGAGAGAAGUUUUUGCAGAAACAGAUCCAAAAACAUAUGGAGAACAUGACCCAGCUCUGCAACAACCACAAAGAUGCAAUUGAUGUGUCAGAGCUGCAGGAGCUUGGAGUUACUGAGGAGACAGUAAAGAGUUGGUGUGUUGAAGACCAGGCCAUGGAGGUAGACAUCAGCCUCCUGCAGCAGGUCGAAGCUCUGGAGAGGAAAGUCAUUUCUGCCAGCCUUCAGGUUAAGGGAUGGAUGCACCCGGAGCCCCAAUCUCAGUGGGAGGACCUGGUGUAUCACGAGCACAAGCCAUUCUUUUCCCCAGCCCUGGAGAAUGAGAGCCAGAGAAAAAGCAGCCAGGAGAAACCUCCCGGCGCUGUGGUACGGCGGCCCAACAAUCCCCUCGAUAUCGCUGUCACCAGGCUGGCAGAACUAGAGAAGAACAUUGAACGAAGGAGUGAGGAGGAUGUGGUGCCAGGGAUGAAGUCGUGGCAUAAAGCUCUGGCUGAGGUCCGAAGCGCCGCUCAGCUGUCCCUCUGCAUUCAGCAGCUGCAGAAGUCCAUCGCGUGGGAACGAGCCAUUAUGAAAGUGCAAUGCCAGCUUUGUCAAAAGGGAGAUAAUGAAGAAAUGCUCCUGCUUUGUGAUGGUUGCGACAAAGGCUGCCACAUGUACUGCCAUAAACCCAGAAUCACCGCAGUUCCUGAUGGAGACUGGUUUUGUCCUGCCUGUGUAAUGAAGGAAAGUGGCCAGUCCCUCCGGACUCGGAAGCAACAGAGUCAAACAGCUGGAGGAGGGAGGAAAGGCAGCGAGGUAAAACGAAAUAGUAAGCCAUCUGUGGCAGAAGAGCUCAUCAAAGAGGAGGCUGCCAGCAGCAGUACGCCAAAGAAAGCGACCAAGGAGUUGAAAAAGAGAAAAGGAGACACCAGCCAACCCAGCACCCAGGCCAAGCAUGACAGCCCCGUCUCCUGUGCAAAAAAAGCCAAAACGGCCAAAGACAGCAACACAAAUGAGUUAGCCAUGUGCCGAAGCCUUCUGGCUGAGCUGGAGGCUCAUCCGGCUGCCUGGCCUUUCCUCUCACCCGUCAACCAGAAAUCUGUCCCCGGGUACAGGAAGGUUAUCAAGAAGCCCAUGGACUUCUCCACCAUUAGAGAAAAGCUCACCAACAACCAGUACCUGAGUUUGGAGAGUUUCAUCAUGGACGUGAACCUGGUUUUUGACAACUGUGAAAAAUUUAACGAAGAUCAUUCAGAAAUCGGACAAGCAGGUCACAGCAUGAGGAGAUAUUUUGACAAACGAUGGACUGAACUGCUGAAGUGAAAUAUUCAGGUGUGGACUCCCUACACCGUCUACAUAUCAAACUCAAACAUCUGUUCACACUUAAGCAGUAAACUGUUAGAACGACACUGACAUUCAAUGUGGAAAGGACCGGUGAGUAAAAACAACACUUUGGAUUCAUCUCUUAAGGUGUAAUCCUGUUUUAUCAAAAUGCACUGACUCUCGAACACCUCAUUGUAUUUGGAAUCCGAUAUUUCCACUGUAGAUAGUCGCUGACAUUUAAACAUCUGUACCAAGUGUGUAUUUAUUUUCUCAAGUAUUUAUGUUUCAGUCAUUUAUAAGUGAAAGCAGCUUUAACAUGUCAAAAAAAGAGAAGUUUGAUCGGCUAUUUAAGAAGCUAGUCAUGAAAGAUGUUUACAGUUUAAUGUCAUGACGGCAGCAGCGUCGCUACUGUUCAUCUUCAUUUCCAGUCGGUGUACAUGUACAUGUACAGUAUUCAUUUGUCACUAUUUGUAAUUCCUAUUUCUAAUGUAUAGCUGUACAGUAUAUUAUAGUACAUUCUUGUUAAAGAUAUUGUUCAUGUGUAAUGAUGAUUGUAGCAUUUUCUGUGUCUUACUGUACACUUUGCCUGUGCUGAAUAUCCACUUCAUAUACUGUGGUUUUCUCAGUAUAGUGCCUGACCUCUGACCUGUGAACGAUGAGCAGAGGAUCUUUUUUUUUUUUUUUUUUUUUCUUUUUAAGUGUGUGCACUGUACUGUAUGCGUGUCCUUCACAAUAUACUGUAGGAGUCCUUACACAUUAUCUAAAACACUUUAAAGCAUUUCCUCUGAGCAAAACUGACAUGUGUUUCAUCUCCAAGUAUUUUCUUCAGCCCGUGGACAGACAUGAGUGACAGACCCAAGGCUUUAAUCCAGUGUGGAGUGGAGUCAGUCGGCGUCACGGCCCACUGGUGGCAUCUCAAAGCCACCCGCUGAAGUCAGAACACUUGAAGUAACUGUAUUUUAUUACCAAUGUCAAAUGUAAAACAAGUUGUGACUUUAGUAGAAUCCUGAUUUUCUAACAGUGGGUGUGUGCCAGCAAUAAAAUAAACUUGGUUUUCAAAAUAA